AUGUUUCAGUUUGUGUGGAACUGUCUUUUGAUGAUGCUAUUUCUCGGCGCUCUGAAGGCGGCUCUAUCCCUCCGUUGGCCCACGAUCGGCGAGUGGAGAUACGACGAUUUACAUCCAUCCCUUCGGUACCAUGAUUCACCCAGAGUGACGCAGUUGGCGGUGAAUUUGGUGUUCUUUCUUGUGUAUCCCGUCGUUCUGCUUUGGCGCUGGUACCAUUCGAGCGAGUGGACCGCCUGGACGGAUGUGGAAAAGGACCUCUUCGAGCAGCAUAUCGACCUGGGUGAGGACGAACUAUUGCGUUGUGGUUCGCUACGGGGUCGUAUGAUCAUCCAGAAGGAAAUCGUUGUCUGUCCGACCGCUGCCACCGACGAGAGCGAGCCCUUCGAAAGGUACGAAAGGGCCGAUGAAGAGUUUGUUGAGCCCGGUACGAUUUAUUCAAACAGUGGAGCUGAACUGAACGACGAAGAAUUGCCACUGAAUCUUUCCAAGGGAAAUGAAAUGUACUUUCAUGCCGAAUAUGAGGAUCAUAAGAGGAAGGAAUCGUAUGAACCCACGGAAAACGAGGAGGAAGACGUUGAAAAUGAUGUGCAUAAUGAAGGUGAUGAAGUGCCUUUGAUUGUGCCCUCAUCAGAAACGCAGCAUUAUACCACACAUUCUAGUGCGGAAGUAACGAUUGAGAAACGUUGA